AUUUGAAAGGAAUAAGUUGUGUACUUAAGAUAUUCGAUUAACUAUGGGAACGGACUGGCUUUCAACAGUCAACAAAAACAAAAUUGAUUUGGCAGCCUGUCCACACCGAACAAAAUCUGUCGAAAAACGGGAAUUGGACAAAACAAUUUAAGGCACUCGGAAGGAUGGAUGCAGUUCCCGGACGAAAGGCACAAGUGACAUCUGGAUCGGCGCCUGACCUCACCUACUGCCAGCCAUGCGCGGAGGACGGCAAGAAAAUCGUCCCCGAGGCCUUCUGUCCCGUCUGUAAGGAGUUUCUUUGUUCCACCUGUGCACGAGUACACCGGAACCAGAAAAUAACCAAAACUCACGCCCUCCAGGACAAGGACAGUAUGCCUUCCUCAUUCCGCGAAGAGAGUGAAGAUGAAAAAUUUAAUGAAACGUGUCAUCGUCAUGCUCAAGAUUUCAUAAAAUAUUACUGUCUUAAUCAUGAGGCAAUUCUGUGUGGAGACUGCUUGGCUGAGAAAGCUCAUCGAUUAUGUAAUAUUGAAAGGGUUUCUCAAGUCUCAAAGCGGUACAAGGAGGGUGCAGAAUACAACAGCCUGAAAACAGGACUUGUCCAGACGGCCACUGACAUUGGCAAACUGUCACACGACAUGCAGGCGAUCAUGAAAUCAGUUGAUGAAGAAAGCCUUACCAAUAUAAAUGAACUUCGCAAAUUCAGGACUGAAAUUAACCAGUACCUGGAUAAAAGGGAAAAUGAACUCUUUGCAGAAAUUGAUCAGAAGAAACGAACAUCCAAGACACUGCUAAAUGAACUGAUAUCAAAAUGCACAAACAUGAAAUCAUCCAUUGAGAAACUAAAGUCAGAGCUACAAGCACAGAACGACAACAGCAACCAGAUAUUAAUAGUAGGAAAGCGAGCUAUAAAAGAACUGGCAAGUCUCCAGGCAGCCCUGGGAGAGGUGAGCAGGAGGAGUAAAGUUCCCCGAUACAAGUUUCACAGGGACCCCGUAAUUGAGCAGAUAAAAGCUGCUGAAAAUGCAAUAGGACGGUUGGAAGAGGGCGAAUCCUCGUCGGCGUUAGGGCAACAACACCGACAACAGCAAACGAAGCAGGAACAACGGCAACAGGAUACGAUGCAACAACACCAAAAACAGAUUAAAGCUGUGUUACAAAAAGCCCGCUUCAGCAGCAGAGCAGACCUAAGCCAGGCCAAGUUCAGCAGGCAGCCUGACAUUUCAGUGAAGACAUCAGGUGAUACCCUUCACUGCGGGCUAACCAAUGUGACCCUCCUGACCGGGGACAGGCUCGUACUGGUAGAUCACACUAAUUGCUCAUUGAAGUUGGUGGACACCAUGAAUAACAAGCUGGUGUCCCAGGUUAAACUGCCAAGUGAGCCGUGGGACCUGUGUCUCCUGCCCGGAGACAGGGCAGCCGUCACUCUGCCUGGUUUGAAGAAGAUACAGUUCGUAUCAACUCAGGAAAAUGUCACACUACAGGAUGUCGUUAAACUAGAUGGACUAUGUUAUGGAAUAGAUUUUUGUGAUGACAACUUGAUAGUGUCUUUUUACGGUAAGGUUGAGUUGAUGGACAUGAAGGGAAAGGUGAAGAAGAGUGUGGAAAAAGACAGCAGUGGAAAACCUUUGUUUCAGCAACCCAGGUAUCUGACAGUGACCAGAGUGAGUCAGAAUCCUCCCGUCAUAUAUGUCACAGACUGGGGCACCAACACCAUAACCAAGCUGAGCAUCUCACUGGAGGUGCUCCAGACCUACAAAGAUCCGGUACUGAAAUACCCAUCUGGUCUGGCAGCUAUGGGGGACAACCAGCUGCUCGUUUGUGGAUGGGGCAGUGACAACAUCCUGUUACUGGACACGCUCACCGGCGAGAUAACCCAACUGCAGGGGAAGGAACAGGGGAUUGAGUGCCCAUACAGUGUGGCUUACUGUUCACUGAAGAAGAUGAUUUUUGUCACCUGCAGUCAGUAUGACAGAUCUGAAUUGGAGAAUUUCGUGAAAGUAUUCAACUUAGUAUAA